GCGUGUCAUACGUCACCUCAUGAUUGCGGAAGUGGCAGGAUUAUUGCAACGUGAAUUUGGUGUAAGACAAAUUUCACUGAGAAGUUGAAUGAGUUUUACUUGAAACCAGUCAGUCCGCGAUGGCAGCUCUUAAAUACGCCGGAAUGGAUGAUACAGACAGUGAAGACGAGCUUCCUCCCGGCUGGGAAGAGAGGUCCACUAAAGACGGAUGGGUUUAUUAUGCCAACCACGAGGAAAUGAAGACUCAAUGGGAGCAUCCCAAAACUGGGAAGAAGAAACGCUGUGCUGGAGCUUUGCCAUAUGGAUGGGAGCAGGAGACCGAUGAUAAAGGCCAAGUCUUCUAUGUUGACCACAUCAACAAACGCACAACAUAUUUUGACCCUCGGCAGGCCUUCACCGUAGAGGACAUGCAGGUGAAACCCAAGCGCUAUGAUGGGAACACCACGGCUCUGGAGAUCCUGCAGGACUGUGACCUGUCUGAUAAGGUGGUGGUGAUUACCGGAGCAAACUCUGGCAUCGGUUUUGAGACCGCCCGAUCUUUCGCUCUUCAUGGUGCACAUGUGAUCUUAGCGUGCCGAAAUCAAAGUCGUGCCAUUAAAGCAGUGAGUCUGAUCACAGACGAAUGGCGCAAAGCCCGUGUUGAAGCCAUGACGCUGGAUUUGGCUUCCUUGAGGAGCGUCCGAGAGUUUGCAGAGAUCUUCAAAGCCAGGAAACUGCCGUUGCACAUCCUAGUGUGUAAUGCAGCGGUUUGCACGCAGCCCUGGAAUUUAACGGAGGACGGGCUGGAAACCACCUUUCAGAUCUGUCAUCUUGGCCAUUUCUACUUGGUUGAGCUCCUGCAGGACGUCCUGCGGCACUCCACUCCGGCUCGUGUGGUGGUGGUUUCCUCAGAGUCUCACAGGUUCACGGAUCUGGUGGACUCGUGUGGGAAGGUGGAGCCGAAUCUGCUUUCACCUCCACAGAAGGAGUACUGGUCAAUGCUAGCCUACAACCGUGCCAAACUCUGCAACAUCCUCUUCUCCAGCGAGCUGCACCGCCGCAUGUCGCCCCACGGCGUCACCUGUAACGCACUGCAUCCUGGGAACAUGAUGUACACCUCCAUCCACCGCAGCUGGUGGCUCAUGACCCUGCUCUUCACCUUUGCAAGACCCUUCACCAAGUCUAUGCAACAGGGAGCGGCCACUACAGUCUACUGCGCCGUGGCUCCAGAGCUGGAGGGUAUCGGAGGGAUGUACUUCAACAACUGCUUCCGUUGCUUGCCCUCUCCGCAGGCCCAGGACCCCACGGCAGCCGUCAACCUGUGGGAACUCAGCGAGAGGCUCAUCCAGGAGAGAUCCACCCCCCCUCAGGUGCUCUGACCCCUCCUGGCCCUGUGAUCCCCGUAGGGUCACCUACAUGAACGGCACAGCUACAUGGAGGAUUCAGGCAUAAGAUAAUCAUUGUUUAAAGGGGCAAAAAAGAUGAGAAGAUGCAAUUCUAAACUGUACAAGGACAUUGGCAAUCAAGCUUGGAAGUUAUCUGGGAAUCGGGAACUAGAACCACACGGACUGGGACUUCUGCAGCAGAUAAAGAGAUGCAGAGAGACAGCGAGAGAUUCAAUUCAAUUGUGUUUCUCUUGUUCUCAAAGGCGUAGUCACUCAAUCCUGCAUUAGGGUUUAGAUCACUCUGUAAAUGUCUCCUUAACAAGCAAUAACAUUUGAGUUGUCUUUAGAGGGGGUCUAUAUGGUUUAAAUGGAUGUUUACGGAAUACAAAUACUCAUCUGUUUGGAGACCAAUGUCAACCUUUACGUCUGUACAGAUAAAAAUGUUGAAUAAAUGUUGUAAUGGCGUACCCUAUAAAGACAUAAUGCAGGAAAUGUACAAUUUGUGAACUAUUUACAAACAUGGUGUCUUCACAUUGCUAAGAAUAAGCCUGUAUUCAUAUCCUGUACACAAUAUACACAAGAUGCUGUUCGGAAAGAAUUUGAAUGCUGUUGUCUUUCUUUACCCCAUCUGGCUAGAGCCUCCCAACCACCUUUUCUAAAAUGCUGGGCUAAUGUGAAGUACAAUAAAACAGCAUCUGGUA